UGUUUCUGAACCAGGAUGUCGCCGGAGUCUGUUCCGUUGGCAAUGCCUCCAAACAAUGAGUGUGGAGAACAAGAAGAGGUGUGGAGUGGAGACAUUGAACAUGAAGAAGAGGAGGUUGAGAAGAUUGCGGUUGGCCAUGGGUUCGAAACACAAGAGAGUGUUGUAAAUGGUCACCCAAACUACAUGGGGCAUUCAAUGUGGCCAAACAUGAUGCCCCAUAACAUGCAAGCAAAUAUGACACAAGGCGGAACUAUCUUCCCAUUUUCUCCAACUCUUUGCCCAACUGGAACAAGCUUGAACCAAUUUAGGCCUUCUUUUCCAAGUUCACAAGGCUUCUUCAAUGGUCAAGUUUGGAGAGGUCAAUCAAUUCUUGCGGGCAGCCAAUCUUGGGGAGGACAAUCAAGUUUUAUGGAAGACCAAGGUCAAUAUUGGGGGGGACUACAACCAAAUCUACUACAAACUCAAGGGCAUGGAUGUGAAAGACAACCAAGUUUCACUGAUAUGAUGAAUGCAGCGAAUGAUAAUGAAGAGUAGUUCACUUGGUUGUUCUAUGGAAAUGAUGAAUAUGUAUUGUUAUUCUGAUUGGUCAUGACAUUGAUGAAUCUGUAAUAGUAUUAGCAUUAUGACUGCUUUGUUGAACUUGAAAAUGUU